AUGUCACUUGAAGAGCUUAUACUCAGCGACUACGGAACAAUUCCAAAGACAAUAGGUAUGUUUCUCCUCAAAUGCAACUCAUCCACAUAUUUACAAAUUCAAUCGGCAACUAAACUUUCUGAUGAGGAUCUGACCGACGGUUUAUCUUUGCUCAUUCAACGAAGAAUUGUAAAGUUUUUUAUAUUUGAAAAGGUUUAUAAAUACAGUGUUUUAAAGAGCAUGAUAAAGAGAAGAAUGUAUUUUUCUGUGUACCUGAGUUACGUAUCGCAGAACUAUUCAUCAAAGCAUGCCAAGUACUUUUCAAAGAUUAUGGUCAAUGGAACAUUCAAGGAAACGGGCGAAAACAUGGAUAGUGAGACUAGCACGGUUGUAGAUGAUCUUAUAAAUGCAGGCAUAUUAAAAAUUGAAGUAUUUUCCACCAAAACAUCAGAAAUGGACUCGUGUAAUUCAUCAAAGCAGUUUAAGCCAUCCAACAAAUUUUUAACUGUAAAUUUUAGUUUGUUAGAUCAGAAGAUCUUUGAAGAAGAGACAGUCAAGUAUGUGUCGAGAAGAUACAACGAAGCAGCUGGUUCGGUAUUAAAGGCUCUUCUUAAGUGCGAGUCUGGCAAUAGAGACAGCAUUAUUGAUAACUUAGACUCAACUAAAGUUUUGAUCUCAGACAAAGGCUCUUUGGUUAAUGAAAGAGAAAAUAUAGAUGAGUAUCUGAAGUAUCUUUGCUCAGCUAAUGUAAUUACACAAGGAAUGGAUGAGAGGAAAUCGUACUUCUUCGGCUUACCCAAAAAUACCCUAAAAGCCUAUAAGCUGUCUUUAAUAAUUAAAGAUUCAAGUAUGAGAAGGAUUUUUAAUAUGAUUUUAAACAAGCCUCUAGUUGAAGACAAAGAUAUAACGAUUCGUUCAUUGCUAGGCAUUAAUAAAGUAAAAACAGCAUUGCUAUCUCUUCAGAGGCUUGGCAUGAUCUCACAGAGAUGUAUUGGCGAUUACACUUCUGGAUCUAGAAUUGAGCACUCAUGGUUUGUGGACACGAGCCACGCAUGCUUGUCCAUUUUAAAAAGAAUAGAAAAACAUAUUUGCGGUAAGCUUGAAAAGAUCAACGAAUGCUGGACCUUGAACUAUUUAAAUGAAGAUUGCAUGAACAACUACAAUGUAUGGACUUCGGAUUUUAUUUCACUUGCAACGGAUCAUCUAGUACUAAGCUAUGGAUUGAAUUAA